UCCACAGAAAGGCCGGGCACUCGUCCACGCCAUCCAUGGUUGUGUGCAUCCCAUGUGUCUGUCCCUCUUGUCUGUAAGAAUGCAACCGCGUACCCACACCACAGUGCCAGCACUGACUUGUAAUCGACACCCACAGCCAAUCCAGCCCAACCAAACCACCUGCCUGCCUGCAUAGUGUGUGUUGCCCUGCAAUGCAUGUAAGCCCACACGAGAGACAAUUGAGGCGAGAGAGAAAUAGACCUGACCUGCCUGUACUUAGUCCGUCCAUCCAUCCAUUCAUCCAUCCAUCCAUCCAGUCAGCCAGCCGAAGAAAUAAAGGCCCAUCCAUCCAUCCACACGAUGCACAUCAUGUCAUGCACAUGACAUCGAUGGAUCUGUCUGUGCAGCCAGGUGCUUCACGUGCCUCCGCGGGGCGAGGCCAACACGAAAACCACCCGAGAAGACACACCUGUACACACAGACACAUACACACGUAGGUAGAUAGACACACACACCACACAGACAGACACCCCCAGCCAGCCGGCAUCACAUACACCCUCCUCUCUGAAGGAAGGAAUCGAAAACAACAAAUGGGGCCCACGUUGAUCUCGAUCCGUCUAGCUGUUGUUCUCAUGAUUAAAAGCCCACAACCCACCCCACCCCACCCCGCCCCACCCCGCCCCACCCCGGUCCGGUCAGUCGUCCAUCAUCACCAAUACAAUGCGUACGCACACACAGACACCACGCCACACCACACCACAGUCAGCCCUUAAUUCGCUCGGUACCAGGGCUUCCCCUCAUGCACAUGCACGCCUUUCUCUACCUCUGCGCCAUGCGACGACAGCCUGCCUGCCUGCCUGCCUGGCCAGAAAUGACGCUCUAUCUAUCCCUCCCGCCUCUUGAAGUUGGCCAGCAGCUGUUCGAGCGCCUUGUCCCACUCCUUGCCAAGCUCCUCCUCUUCCAUCUCCUCAGGGGUCCGCUGUGCACCAAGGGGCGGCGCAGCCGGCGGAGGUGGCGCACGGGGCUGCUGCUGCUGCUGGUGCUGGGAAGACGAUGCUGCCGCUACUGCGACGGCAGGUGGUGCUGGCUGUGGUGGUGGUGGUGGUGUUGGCUUGCUUGCCCCUCCCCCUCCCCCUCCCCCCAGGAGGUCGAACAGCUGCCUGGACGCCAGGCCGGCGUUGCUCCUGGGGUCCUCCUGCUGGCUUUUGUUGACAAAGACGGCGUCGCUCUUGCCCGCCACCGCACCCACGCCGGCGGCGAAGUGCGGCGGGAGAUGGUUGCCUCGCGGCACGAAUGUGGGGGCAUGGGGGUUGAGGCCGGGAGAGCCUGCGGGUGGGCGAGAAGAAGGUGGCGGGGCGGGGGCGACGGGGGCAGCAGGGUGGGGAGGAAACGGUUGUGGCGCCGUGGUGGGCGACCCACCACCGGCUGGCCGACCGUGUGUGAGGAUCCUUGGCGGCUCUUGCGGUGCGGCCUGGCGUCCGCCCUGUGCCUGGUUGGCUGCCGCAAACAGCAUCUGCAACUGCGGGGGGCCAUGGAAGCCGCCCCUCGCCGGCGGAUGUUGCUGUGGUGCGGCACCCUUAGACAUCCCCACGGCCCCUCCACCGCCAAGAAGACUCAGCAGGUCCUUGCCUGGGUCUGGAGAGGGCUGUGGGGGGAACUGUUGUUGGUGGGGGUGGUGGUAGAAACCGUUGGGAUGAUGGCCCACACCACCAUGGUGCAGCAUGUGGUUGUCGUUGUGUGGGUGUCCGAAGGGCGGGGGAGGGUUGGAGUAGGACCGUUGGGGGCCGCCGUGGCCCUGCGCCUGGGGGAAGUGCAGGUAGUGGUCGGGCGGGGGCGACUGAGACGGCCGGUGGGACUGCCGAUGCCCGUGGGGCUGCCCGCCACGCAGCUGAUUUCGCGACUGCUGGGGCGCCGUCAGCUUGGGGUAAAGCGCCACGAUGUGGUUGUAGCUCACCAGGAUGCCGCGAAGAGGGGAGCAUCGGUCGUUAAGGUCGCUCGCACCUGACACACGUAGGCAGAAAAGGAGGCAGAAUGACGCGUUGCGUCAUUGCGCGUGAGACGGUAUGGGCACCCACCUAGUGAGGCUUCGUCGAGUAGGACCUCGACCAUGGUGUUGUUUCCCGCGUCGGUGUAGUGGCCCACGACGGUGCCCUGCGAGCCGAUGGGCGCCACGCCCCUCUCCUUGACGUACACCACUCGCUGACCCAACAUCAGCUUCGAGUCGAACAACGCCGCUGACACACACAGCCACAUCGACACAGAGAGAGGGAGAGGGAGAGGGGGAGGGGUAGGGGGGAGAGAUACGUACGAGCCGAGCCUUGCCCACCUGGUGGCCUGGCGUUUGUUUCCAUCUUGAAUAUGUGUGAGAUGCCCGUCAUGCGCGGCCGCUGGGGCUCCUCGUUGCCGCGCUCUGCCUCGAGAAACGUCAAAUACGCCUCUACCGCCAUCACACCUGUCAGUCAACACACCAACACACAUACACAUGACUGACGCGUGUGCCCCUCCUCUCCCUGCCCCAUCACAUCAGCGCAUGGGUCGACUCGACGCACGUACCGUCCUUUGGAACGCUCUGAUACUGCCCCGGGACGACCUUGAGUGUCUUGAAGGGCCGGGAGAGGCACCAGGAGACCAUUUUGUCGAAGGCGUAGGCGGGGUCGGGUUUGUCUCUGAAGACGUCAGAAUACUUGACGGCCGAGCUCUUGCCGCCGCUGCGGUUGGUGAGAGCGUCCUGGAGGGCGCGGAAGAGGCCGGGGAAGGUCUGCCGGUAGAGCUGCAUCUCCUCUACCGUCAGAUGGGAAAACAGAUAGCGUGACGGGCCGCCUGACACACACACAACACCGAAACAGAGUGUCCGUCCGCAGGUUUCUCGGCUGGGGUGGUUCAUGCAUUCCGCGUGUGUGCUGUGUUGUGUUGUUGGGGACCUACCUCGAUCGUUCCAGAUGAUCAUGUUGUCGUUUUGGUCUCUGUGCAUGGCGGAGUAGCAGGGUAGGCAGAGGGGGUUGCCGUCCUUGUCGUCGGCCAUGAGGUUCAUGCCCACGUCCUCGCGCCCCUCCUCCCCUCGCACGUUGACCGAUCGGCACAGCCAGGCGCACACCCCCACUGAUAUACCCACUGCACGCGCCAUCUCGUCCAUCGUGUACCACUUCAUGUCCUGAUUUGAGUGUUGUGCGAAGGAAUCAACACACACACACACACACGUGUGAGGGGCUAUGGGAGUGUGUGUAGGGGGUGGGGAGGAGGGUGAGGUUACGUUGACGUGUUUGCGAAUGAUGUCGAGGACCUUGCUCUGCAUCUCGUGCCGCUCGCCGUCGGUGCCCUUCAUGACGUACUCGACAAGCACGUCGCUCCCGUCCUCAGACUUGCCCAAAUCAACCACCUGCAACGCACACACGCCUCUCCUUCAGGUGUCUUCCGUGCAGUCGUGUGUGUGUGCGUGUGUGUGUGUGUGUGUGUGUUACCGAUCCAAUGGCGCCGAGCAUCGGCCCGGCUUGUGUGCAGAGCACUUGGUCGCCGACCUCCAGGUUGUCCCGCAGGCGUGCUGACCGUGCCUUCUUGGUCAGCUCCGGCGGCGCCUUCGACUGGAACACCGACACAAACGGCGCCAGACGAUACACAGUCUCGCGACGGAAUCGGUACGUCCUGCACACACGGAUGGAUGGAUCAAAGACUUUGGGCCGGGUGCCUCUCCCGGCCUGCCUACCUGCCGUUGUCGCCCUCGAUCGUUUCCUCCGCCUGCUUGACCUCGAGGAGCACAUUCUCCGGCAGGGCGGGCUUGCCGCCCCCAUUAGCCAUCUGCGCCUGCCCGAGGCCAUCCACGAGCAUCCGCGGCAGGUCCCCGCCCUUGACCUUCCCGGUGCGGCACUCGUCCGUGGCGCCCUUGACGAGCAGGUCCAUUAGGUCUCGCGUCUGGUGCUUGGGCUGCGGUGUGGGCCUGACGACGAGGCCCUUUCUCUUGAGGUCGGUGGUGUGCUUCUGCAGCUCCAUUGUGAAGUCGCGCGGGUCUGAGUGGCGGAACUCACCGUCUUUGGAGAGAAAUCCCAGGGGGGACCAUAUGCCUUGCUGCACGGCACGGACCAACAGACACACAGAGAGAGAAAGGGGUGUAGGGGUGAUGAUGGCUUGCUUUCCGCCGCAUGGGCGUGGCGUACCAGUUGUGCGACGUGUACGCAGGGGUAGUCAAUCUGGAGGGUGUAGGCCUUGAGCAGGCCCAUCAGCCGCUGGUAGCUGUACUCGUCGUCGGGCGUCUUGUCCUGCUCCACCGUCAGGAUGAUGCCCUUCUGCCGACUCUCGCUCUGGAACACAUGGAUGCCGCUGCCAAACUCGGCCUGCAGCCACCCAUCCAUCCAUCCAUCCCAUCCACACACUCAUCCACGAACAGACAGACGAAGGAAGGCCUUCAUCUCUGUCUCUCUCUCACCGUCACUGAUUUGGUGUGGAGGCUGGGGAAGCCCUGGUACGGCAGCUGACACCCCUUGGGCACCCGGUUGGGAAAGGUCUCGGCCCCAUGGGGCAGGGGGUCGUGCUCGUACUCCCUCCUGUUGACAGGGGCGUGGUAGAGGUCGGGGAAGCGCUCCUUGAGGGUCGACUGGAAGAACACGCAGGCCGUCUUGUCGUAUCGGAAGAUGAACGCCUUGCGCUGCGUGUUGCGGGCGCGCUCGGCUUCAGUGAGGCGGUGGGUGUGGGGGGGCUGCUCGCUGCGCAGCUGCACGUAGUCCAUGGCCUCGAGCAGCCGGGUCUCUUCGAUGAAGGGGAUGAGUGUGACGCCGCCCCACGGCACCUGAUGACAGACAGACAGGACAGACGGGGGAUUGCGCGGGUCUGCUGUUUGCUACGUAUGUCUGUGAGUAGUUGUGUUUGUGCGGGUGGGUGUGUGGUCGAUGUACCGUACCUUGACGCCGUCCAUGUCAAUGUCGAAGGUCUGUGGGUAGAAGUCACAGAUGGGGCUUCGCGGAUUCAUCAUCAAAUCGCGAUACAUCUGAACACUCACCCACAACCACACCCACAUCACUCUGACCAUCUUCUCUCUUUCCCCUCCCCCUCCCCCCGCCCGUCCAUCCAUCCAUCUCUCCUACCUCAGGCAGCAGGUAGGCGCACGCCGACGGCAGGACGGCCAUGAGCUGCUGGAAGGGCUUGAAAGGGUGCCCCAGCUCGAACUCUAUCUUGGGUGGCGGGUCGUGGAUGGACUUCAUCCGCAGCGGGCCGUAGUUGAGGAGGUCGAUCACAUAGGGGGGGUAGUGGAAGGGGUAGAACCAUAUCCACGAGGGCGCCCCGCGGUAGUAGUAGAAUAACACCUGCACAUCACAUAGAUAGGACAGGUGGACGGGAGGGGUGUGUAUGUGUGUGGUGGAUGGUAGAUGGGUGGACAGGUACCCAUUGCAGGCCCUCAAUGUAGCUCUGCAGGAGGUUGUUGCGCAUCUCCCGGCCCUCGUGCUGGUUCAGAUUCAUCUUCAUCUUGAUCCAGUAAUACCUGCACGCACACACAGGUGGGCCAAUCACUCUUCGUGUGUGUGCAUGAGUCUGAGUGUGACUGCGUGUCUGACCUGGCCCUGACAUCUUCAGUGGAUGUGGGCGGCCCAGUGAAGUCCCCCGACCGGUCCUCACUCUCAUCACCAUCCUCUACAGCACCCACCUGACACACAUCAACCCACACAACCCACCACACAGCACAACGCACACGUCGAUCCGCCAAUGGUCGAUCCAUGGCAUGGUUCGUGUACCGUUUUGCGUUUGCCGAUGAACCAGGCGUUGUCUUCGAGUUUGGUCUCGAGUGCGUCGUCCUCAUGGUCCCUGAAGUGCUCCAGAAACACCACCAGCUGGUACCAACACACCUCGCCGCAAUUUCGGGUCAGCCACGGGUCGCCGCCGUCCUCAUUCCACGUCUGACCGACAGACAGAUUCGAUUCAUCGACAUACACGCCAUCCCAUCCACCUCAUACAACGGCGCUUCCUUGUCCUCUCUGGCUGUGUGGCCUGGCGGCUGCUGACCGACUGACCUCUAGGUAUGUUUUGUACUUCUGCAUGAUCAUGCCCAGGCCGCCCUCGCCGAUAUCGGCGAACUCUAGGUGCGGGAGGAAGUCGUUGCCGGCGAGGAAGCAGAAGAGAAUGAAGUCGUCGAUGACCCGCUCGGGGUCGUACUUGUACUUGAGCUUGGACAGGUAUUUGGGGCCGGGACGCAUCUCAAGGUCGAGGUACUCGCGGACUAAGGAGAUGUGCAGCAGCUGCAGCUUCUCCUUCUUUGUCAAGACCUACGCGUGCCGGCCACACAAGGACACACACAGACAGACAGACAGAUAGGGGUGUGUGUGUGUGUGUGUGUGUGCAUGGCUGGCUGGCUGGCUGGCUCACGCACUCUAUGCUCGAUGCCCUGUGUCUUUUGUUUGCCGAAUAUGAUUUCCUCCCGUAGCAAAGCGAAGUGCGGCUCGUGGCUGGCGAGCGAGAGCAUGAUGAGGUCGGCGUCGAGGCCGUAGAGGCAGUGCCGGGUAUUGGGGUCGUAGCCCGGCUGCGCUUUGCUCCGCCGGAUGAAAUCCAUUAUCUUGUGCUCACCCUCACCUGACCACCACACCACAAACAACAAACAUGACACACACAUACGUGCAUGGAUUCCCUCCCUCUCCCUCCCUCCCUCCCUGCCUCCCUCCUUGAGUCGAUUUCUCUCUGCCCGCCCCCCGACCCACCCGGCACAUCCGGCCCCGAGAGGAUGACGUCGAUUCCCUGCCAGAGAGGGUCCUGCUGUAUCUUCUUGAAGACAAAGUACUGUAGGUGUUUGGUGAGCCGGUCCAUGAACUCGGUGCCGGGGGUGAUGCAGUUGGAGUCGAACCGGUUGGAGGUGUCCCCCAUGGCCUCGGCCUUCUCCUUGCUCUCCUUGUUGUCCUGCGCCGCCCGGAAGCGCCGCGACCUUUGCUGGUUCAUCUUGGCGCGGGGGGCCACCCCGUCGACGGCCAUGUAGAUGAGCCGCUUGGGCUUGACAAUGUAGAAGAGGUGGUUGAUGUACUGAAACACUGACGUCCACACAUCCUCCUCCUUGACGAAACUCUUGCCUGAUGUGCACACACAACACACACACACGACACACACAGAGAGAGAGAGAGAUCACAUGCCAUUCACCAUGUCUGCCGUCCAAUGCUCUGUGUGUGGUGUGGUAUGUGCGUGUGUGUGAGUGUGAUUGCGUGUGUGUGUGCGCACCCCCCCCCGCCCCCCUACCGGUGUUUCCAUGAGUGCAUCCGUGAAUGAUGCCGUUCAUGUCCAGGUAGAAGUUGUCGAACUCGGGGAUCUGGUCGAACUCUAUCUGCUCGUUGAUCAAAGGAUACCGCUCACUCAGCCAGCGAUAAAAGCGACUGAUCCCCAUGGUGACAGAGGAUCAGGAAGAGACAGACAGGUGGGGCGAAGUCAGUCAGUCAGUCAGGGCAGAUGAAUCGCCCCGAGAGGUGAAAACACAGACAGGGAGGGCCGCGUCUUGGAUGGAUCCGCGUGACAGCUGCCCACGCACGGAGGACACCCCUCUCGGGUGGAUUGCUUGUCUUCUACUCGACGCCCGUUCGUCGCGAAAGCUGGUGCUUGGAUCACCAACUGCUGUCGUCGCCCCUAUGCACUCACCAGCUUCCUCGCUCCUUCUCUCCC